AUGGCAGCCGAAUCUGAGCCUCGAACAGUUCAUACGGAAGAGACAAGCCUCCAAGAGGAAAAGGGGUGCCCAGAAACAUCGGAGAUAUGUCAAGUCACCAAGGAUUGCCCCUCAAACCCCCACGAGUUUGUCGAAGGGGGUUUGACAGGUUGGGCCACUGCUUUUGGAGCCUUUCUUGUGCAGUUUUGCGGGGUGGGGUAUACUGCUUCAUUCGGCGUCUAUCAAGACUUUUAUACCCAACACUACCUGAUAAACGAGACGUCGUCUGCUAUAUCAUGGAUCGGGAGCACGAGCGCUUUUUUACUCCUGUCCGUUGGCCUCAUGUCAGGUUCGCUGCACGACCGAGGAUAUUUUUACCAUCUCAUGAUUACCGGAUCACUUCUGCAGAGUUUAUCUCUGUUCUUGUUGUCUCUUUCAAAACCCAAUCAAUACUACCAGAUAUUCUUCUCGCAAGGCUUAGGCUUGGGUAUCUCAUUUGGGCUCACAUGCAUCCCUAGCAUGGCUGUCAUUCCGCAUCACUUCCGACGGAGGCGCACACUGGUUAUGACAUUUAUAGCUAUAGGCGCAUCGCUAGGCGCCAUCAUCCAUCCGAUCAUGCUAAAUAACCUCCUCAACGGUCCUCUGGGAUUCGCCAAUGGCGUCCGUGUAAGCGCAGGGUUGAUCAGCUUUUUUCUCUUAACUGCAUGUCUAUGCAUGCGAACUCGCCUUGAUCCGCCGGCGACACCAGUGAAUUAUAUCGUGGCGUCUAGAAAAUGUGUUCGCGAUGUACCAUUUGUGCUCAUGAUGACAGCGGGCUUUCUUUUCCAGAUCGGCUUCUACUACCCAUUGUUCUUCUUUCAACUCGACUCCAUCAAGCACGGUAUCAGCGUUGAUUUUUCGUUUUACUCGUUAGUGAUCUUAAAUGGGUCCAAUUGCUUAGGGCGAUUUACAUCGGGGUUCAUUGCGUCAUUCACGGGAGUCCCGGAGUUGAUGAUAAUGUCCUCGUUCUCGUGCGGCGUGCUCAUUUUUGGCAUGAUUGGGUUGAGUAGCUUGGCCAGCGUCGUUGUGCUAGGCGUGGUGUAUGGCUAUGUUGCUGGGGUGUGCAAUGCAUUAGGAACUCCACUUAUAGCUCUUUUGACGCCUGACCUCUCUGAGCUUGGUGCGCGCAUGGGCAUCUGUUUAUUCGCUCUUGGUGGGUAUUACGAUUACUUCAAUGGAACACCCAUAUGCGGUGCUCUGCUAACAACUAAUUAUAUCUGGUGGAUACCGUCUGUGUUCUCUGGGAUCGGUUCACUUGCUGGUACCAUGUUGUUCACCAUCAUGCGAUACAAGUUUCUGAGAAAGCAGCGCGUUCAAAUGGACGUGUUACCAUUAGACAAUCAGGCUGUUGAAGUUGAGCCAUGA